AUGACUUCAUCUUUUCCGCCUUAUGUAUUUGUUUUUUUCCUGCCCUGCAACCGGCCGCCAACAACUCCUCCGGGUCAUGGGUCCCAAUGGGAACAAUGUCCAGCCCCAGGCGGUCUCCCAACUUGGCCCGCUUCCGUCCGGAUGGGAGAUGCAACUGACGUCCACUGCCCGGGUCUACUUUGUGGACCACAACACCACGACCCCCGUCUGCCAAGCUCCCUCGACCAGAACGUGCCCCAGUACAAGCGCGACUUCCGCAGGAAACUGAUCUACUUCAGAUCUCAACCCGCCUUGAGACCCAAUUCCGGCUUAUGCCAUGUCAAGAUCAGGCGAAGUCACAUCUUCGAGGACAGUUAUGCUGAGAUCAUGCGCCAACAAGCAAACGACCUCAAAAAACGUCUCAUGAUCAAGUUUGAUGGCAAGGAUGGGCUCAACUACGGCGGUGUGUUUUGGUAUGUUGAACCAGAGUUUUUCUUCUUGUUGUCACAUGAGAUGUUCAACCCGUUCUACUGUCUCUUCAAGUACUUGGCCGGUCUUAAGCUGCAGCAGCUGACCGAGGCGGACUGCACCCGAUUGCUCGAGCUGUUGCCCGCGCCCAACUGCAAGGCACUCUUCAGACGAGGGACCGCCAGGAGACUGCAGCGCAAGUGGGCCGACGCCCUCCAAGAUCUGCAGGCCGCCCUUGCCUUGGAACCGAACAACGCUAGCAUCUGUGCCAAGUUCGAAGCGGUCAAGGCGCACCUCCAGAAAGAACCAGCGACGGUAGAACCACCAGCGUCGUCAUCGAAGGCAUUGUCGUUGACUUCUGUCGCCAGCUUGGAUUCCAAAGCCUCCAAGGCCCUCGUCAUCCCCAAGUGCGGCGCCAGAGGGCCCGUCCUUGAGCACCCUGCUACAAAAACCCUUGACAACACGCUUCACCUCCUCGGACCCUUUCCGUGGUUUCCUCUGGCCCGAUAG